AUGGCUCCCAAGUCCAUCAUUGGUCUCCUGUCUCUUCUGCCCAUCACAGCUGUCCUUGCCUUGGACCCAAGCUGUGCGCCGGGUGGUAAUUUUGACCUCAGCGUCUGGAGCCUACAGCUUCCCACAGGCAGCGCCGGCAAGGUCGACACCAUCAAGAGCAAAGACCUCCAAGGCUGCGAUGGAUACACCGGCCCCACGUUCUUCACCGACAAGUCCAAUGGCGAGCUCAUCCUCACGGCUCCCGGCAACCCGGACAUCACUGGCUGUGCCACCACCUCUGGCAGCGAGCACUGCCGCACUGAGCUGCGCGAAGUCAAUCCUGCGACUGGCCAGAACACGGACUGGGCUCCUGCUGGAACGAACACGCUCACCGUCGCCAUGAAGGUCAUCCAGGCUGACGACGGUUCUCAUGGCACGGCGAUUGGCCAGGUUUUUGCUGCGGCGGCCAGCAAGCCUCUUGCUGAGAUGUACUACAGCCAGAAGGGCGACAUCACGGUUGGUGUUAAACAGGGCCCCAGCGGUAACCAGGCCAUUACCAAGCUUGGAACUGUGCCUAUGGGCACGUACUUUACCUACAUUAUGUCGUAUUCCGACGAGAUUCUGAGCAUCUCCAUCAACGGAAACAAGACUACGCUUGAUACAUUCAAUUGGGGCACUCCCAAUUGUUACUUCAAGAGUGGCAACUACAACCAGGGAAAGACUGCUAUUACUUCGGAGGUGCAUAUCCAGUCUAUUGCUGUUGUGCACGAUCAGGAGUAG